UUUGACAUUCUGGACACCAAAUUUGACAUGAUCUUGGGCAUGUCAUGGCUGCGAAGCGAGGAUCACCCGGUGAACUUCUACCACCGCACCGUUCACAUUCGUGAUCAGAACGGAGUACUAGUCCCAUGCACGGUGCCUCUUCCUCAUCCUUCGAUCAACUGCCACGUGGUAUCCGCCGCAAGCAUGCGAGCUUCCAUCAUCAGAGACGACAUCGAGGAGAUGGGGGUGUGUUUUCUCCACGGCCUCCGCCCCAUGACGCUUCAUCGACGGACUCUUCUUCGGAUCCACGCAUCACCGAGCUUCUCGACGCCUACGGCGACGUGUUCGAAGGCCCGCACGGAGUAGUACCGGAUCGGCCCAUCCGCCACGAGAUCAUCCUCGAGGACGGGGCCGUACCUCCGCGCGGUUGCAUCUACCGAAUGAGCGAGGAAGAGUUAAGUGUGCUUCGGGCACAACUCGACGACCUUCUGGAGAAAGGCUGGAUUCGACCUAGCUCAUCGCCAUACGGUGCUCCUGUUCUCUUCGCCCGGAAGAAGAACAAGGAUUUGCGGUUGUGCAUCGAUUAUCGCAAGCUCAACGAGCAAACGAUCAGAAACGCCGGCCCUCUCUCACGCAUCGACGACCUUCUCGAACGACUGGGCGGCGCCAAAUUCUUCUCCAAGCUUGAUCUCAAGUCGGGAUGUCACCAACUCGAGAUUCGACAGGAGGAUCGCUACAAGACCACGUUUAAGACGCGAUAUGGGCAUUUCGAAUGGCUGGUUAUGCCAUUUGGCCUUACGAAUGCCCCGGCCACCUUCCAAGCGGCUAUGACAACGGAGUUCCGACACAUGCUGGAUCAAUACGUACUUAUUGACCUCGACGACAUCCUGGUGUACAGCCGGAGUUUGGACGAGCAUGUGGAACACCUGCGCACCGUUUUGGAGCGGCUACGACAGGCCAAGUACAAAGCCAACCGCGACAAGUGCGAAUUCGCGCGGCAGGAGCUGGAGUACUUGGGACAUUAUGUGACGCCGCAAGGCAUCCGUCCGCUUGCGGACAAGAUCGAGGCCCUACGAGUAUGGCCCGAGCCCACCAACACCACGGACGUUCGUUCAUUCAUGGGAUUGGUGGGCUACUAUCAGCGAUUCAUCACCGGAUACUCGAGGAUUGCUGCACCUAUGACGAGAUUACAAUCGCCAAAGGUGCCAUUCGUAUUCGAUGACGACGCACGCCGGUCAUUCCAAGCACKUAAGAMGRCUAUGCUCAUGGCACCCGUCCUUAGCAUCUAUGACCCCACCCCGCCGACGAGAGUGACUACGGACGCUUCCGGCUAUGGCAUUGGGGCAGUCUUGGAACAGCACGACAGCGACGACUGGCACCCUGUGGCGUAUUUCAGCCACAAAGUGCCUCCCAUAAACUCGCUUGAUGAUGCAAGGAAGAAGGAGCUGCUUGCAUUCGUGAUGGCUCUCAAGCGCUGGCGGCACUUCCUCCUUGGGCGUCGUAGGUUCACAUGGGUCACAGACAACAAUCCAUUGACCUACUACAAGACGCAGGAUACGGUGAGCAACGCGAUCGGACGAUGGAUGUACUUCAUCGACCAAUUUGACUUCACACUGAAACAUCUUCCCGGCCUCUCCAAUCGCGCAACAGAUGCACUCUCGCGAAGACCUGAUCUUUGCGCUAUGACACAUCAUGCCUUUGCAUUUGACGAGGAGCUCCAGCGACACUUCAUUAGGGGCUACGAGUCCGAUCCAGACUUCGCCACGCUAUAUGCGCAGCUAUCUUCGGAUCACCCGCCGGCCAGCCACUAUCGCAUCGCCGAUGGGUACUUGCUCCUACACUCGCGGGGCAAGGACUUACUAUGUGUCACACGCGACCGCCGUCUUCGAACUCGCCUCCUCGGCGAGUAUCAUGAUUUGCGACUCGCCGGCCAUUUCGGAGUCAACCGCACUAUUGCACGGCUUCGACAGCGAUUCCGAUGGCCUGACCACAUCACCGAUGUCACGAGGUAUUGCGACUCUUGCGAAGUUUGCCGACGAAGCAAACCCCGCAACCGCAACCCCUCCGGCGAGCUGCGCCCGAUGCCGAUCCCGCAGGAACCCGGUCUCUCCAUUGCCAUGGAUGUCACCGGACCAUUCCCCCUCGACCGCCUCGGACACGACGACAUUCUCACGGUCGUGGACCGAUUGAGUAAGUACGCGCGUUUUCUCCCUUGCAAGUACUACUCCACGGCUCCCGAGCUGGCACGCCUCCUGCACACCAGCUCGAUUUGUGGCCAUGGUGUAGCGGAAGACAUAGUCAGCGACCGCGACACUCGCUUCAUGUCGGCAUUUUGGACUGCACUCAUGCAAGAGUCCGACACGAAGAUGAAGCCAAGUUCGGCUCGGCAUCCACAGACAAACGGGCAGACGGAGCGGGCACAUCAAACCGCUCAAAUGAUGCUUCGUACGCUCAUCCGUCCGGACCAGAAAGAUUGGGUUGACCGCCUCCCCGACAUCGAGUUCGCCUACAACACUUCGGUGCAUCCGGCGAUCGGAGUGACUCCAUUCGAGUUGCACCACGGUGGACGGAAAGGCCAUAUCUUCGCCGACCUUCUCCUCCCACAACCAGCCGACAUCGAUACCGCUUGCUCUCCCGCUUUUGUCCAGAACUACAGGGAAUUGCUGGCUCAAGCCCGCGCGAAUAUGCAAAAGGCUCAAGUCCGCAUGCAGCAGCAAGCCAACAGGCAUCGCGUGCCAUGUCCCAUCCGCGCCGGCGACCUGGUUUGGGUUUUCGCGGAAGAGUUUGCACUGGAACAGGAUGUCUCACGCAAACUGCUUCCCAAGUGGUUUGGACCAUGUGCCCGUAACAUCAGCCGCGGGCGAUGAGCCCGAUGGCCCUUCAUUUGUGAUCAACAUGCCCCCGCAUCUGAUGGUCCAUCCAGUCUUUCACGCCUCAAAGCUGGCAACAUACACGCCAGCUAAGAGCGAC